AUGGGUAUCGACAGACAACUCGAUAGAAUUUUGUAUGAUUCAAUAUUUACAGAUUGUUUAACAUUAACAAGAAGUUCAUCUAAUGGUCAUAUCUAUUCAUUAGACAAUCAAAUAUUGGAUCGACUGUGUCGAGAGAUAUUACCUAAAAUUCAUCAGAAAAUCCAAUGUCUAACUGUUGAAUCAUUAUCUAUGGAACGUAUUCUUCUUGUUGGUGAUUAUCCUAACUUACAUAAACUUUGUCUAGCCAGUAUGGAAGAGGAAAGACUUCGAAGUCUAUUUAAUGACGAAAAUUCAUGGUUCAAAAAAUUUCAACAUAUUUCGACACUAUAUUUUUCUGUUCUUAAUAAACCGACAAGCACUAGCUAUGGUCUGACAAAUUUUGUCUUUGUAAGUAUGUUUAAAAUGUUUCCUCAAUUAAUUAAUUUACAAUUUCAUCAAUUAUCCAAUAACGAUUGUUUCGAACUAUCAUUUGAUAAUGAAAUUCCAAUAUUUUCUUCUUCUGUUCUACUGGAAUUGCAUAUAAGUGUGACCACAUCGAUCGAUCUUCUGUGUUUACUUGAUGGACGUUUGAAUGAACUUCGUCGUUUUUAUGUAUAUGUUCAACAUUUUUUUCUUCCAUCUCGUAACAUUGACAUGAAAAAAAAACUCGAUAAUUUGAAAUGUUUUUCAUUGACCAGUAAUAAUGAAACAUUCUUUUAUAAUCAAACAAUUUUACCACUUCUGCAUCGAAUGUCAAAUUUGGAAAUGCUUACUUUUAAUAUAAGAAUUGAUGAGAAAAAAUUUGUUGAUGGAAAUUGUUUGAAUAAUGAUAUUCUUAAUCAUUUACCAAAAUUAAAUCAUUUUAUAUUUAAUAUUCAAUCAAGAAUAUAUGAUUAUAAUCAAAUUGAUAUUCGACCAAAUGAAGAUAUUCAAAAUACAUUUAAAAAAUUUUCGAAAUCAUAA